CUUUUAUUUUGUAGGGCCGUGGUGGUGACGCAGUUGGAGCAGGCUCACCUGGUGAACAGCAACAAUAAAUAAUCCCGUCGGGUCAAAGGUCGUCUCGCCCUCCACCAGUGAUGGCUCUGAUCUCUCUGGAAGACCUUGAUGGAUUGGACGACGAUCAGCUGGACGAUGACAUCACUGACAACUCAGAGCCAAUGGAUGAAGAGGACAGAGACCGACUGCUGACACAUUGGCAGGCAGUUGCCAGUACCCACCAUGUGUCAGUACCUCCAGACAUGACUGGACCCAUACAGGAAAUGACCCGUAACAACCAGCAGAGGGAGCCGGUGCCCUUCACUCCAGUCUCCUGCCAUGAGAAGAUGGGGGAGGUGCUGCAUGAGGAGCGGCUGUAUCCAGCAGGUCACUGGGCCUGUGUGACUAAAGGAGAAGAUCUGUAUGAACAGAGUGUCUCUGUGGGCUUCAUGAAACUGAUGCGCUUCAUCUGUAGAGAAAACUCUGCAGGAAGGUAUCUGGGGAUGACGGUGCCGGUGGUCACGAACAUCAACAUGAUGGAGGACGGAAACACGUUCCAUAAAGACGUCCAGACGUCUUACUACCUGCCCGCAGAGUUUCAGACCAACCCCCCCCAACCCUCCGACUCCGACAUCACUAUUGUCUACAGAGAGCCAAUUAGAGUCAUCGCCAGGACGUUCUUCGGGUCGACCACGGAGGAGACGGUGACCCGUCAGAUCGGCCUGCUGUGGGAGAUCCUGGGCGUCUCCGACGACCUCCACAGGGACGGAUACAUGGUCGCGACGUACGAGAACCCUGGCGUACCGCGCCACAGGAACGAGAUCUGGUUCGUCAGACGCAGCCCUUAGAGGCCUUCCCAUCAUCCUCUGCCCCCCCCCCAACCCUCUGAUUGGCUGUUGUUCAUCGGCUCACUUCCUGUGGUGGAGUUUCAUCUUUUACAUCAACGUCACCAAUCAGAGCCGGUUUGUGUUUGUUAGCACCUCUCCUGUCCAAUCAGAAGCCUGUCAUCCCAUUGGUUCAUACGUUUUAUAUAUAUAUAUAUAUAUAUAUAACCCUAACCCAACAGGAAGUAAAUCCCUGAUUGGCUGAGAUCUGAACAGAUAUAUAUAUAUAUAUAUAUAUAUAUAUAUAUUUAUAUAUACAGUUGCAAUCAGAAGUAUUCAACCCCCUCACCUCAAAAUACAUUAUAGUGAUGUGGAUGAAAGAUAAUGACAAUAAAUGACAAAAAAUAUUCAUUGAUACAUAUUUGAGUUAUUUUGACAACAGAAGUUGACUUAACUUUGAAGUUCAAAUGAAAAAUGUAACUCUUUUAACACAUGUGCAUGUGCAGUAUUAUUCAACCCCCAGCUUCAGUACUUUGUGGCGCAUCCUUUAGCUUUUAUAACUUCUAACAAACGUUUUGGGUAAGUGCUGACAAGCUUCUUACACCUCUCCAUGGGAAUCUUUGCCCAUUCUCCAGCUGCUAAAGCCUCUAGCUCAGUGAUGUUUGAUGGCUUCUGUGCUGCAACUGCCUUCUUUAAAUCCCACCAAAGACUUUCAAUCAGAUUUAAAUCUGGUGACUGAGAAGGCCACUCCAGGACGUUCCAGGGUAUUUUUCUCGACCUAGUUUAGGAUGACUUGGAGGUGUGCUUGGGAUCAUUGUCUUGCUGGAGAGUCCAAUGAUCACCAAGGUUUAAUUUGCCAACAGAAGGCAUCACCUUCCUCUUUAAAAUGCCCUGGUAUUUCUGGGAGUCCAUGAUGCCAGGUUGCCAGUUCCUGCCGCAGAAAAACAGCCCCACAUCAUCAAUGACCCGCCUCCAUGCUUGACCGUGGGGAUGGUAUUCUUCUGGUCAGAAGCCUUUCGCACGCCAGACAUACCGCUGGUCCAUAUGUCCAAACAGUUCCAGUCUGGUUUCAUCAGUCCAUAGAACUGUCUCCCAAAACUCUGUCGUCUUAUCCACAUUCCUCCUGGCAUAUUCUAGUGGACUUUUGAUGUUCCUUGUGGUGAAGAGUGGAGUGCGUCUUGGAGUCCGGCCAUGAAGUCCUUGUUUAUUCAGUGCACGUCUUACAGUUGCCACUGAAGCACUAGUACCAGCCUCCAUCAGGUCAUCCUGUAGGUGUCUUGCA